GCCGCCGCCCCGCCCAGCUUCCCCGGCCUCGGAGCCCGCUGCACCGCUCUGCUGACCGUCGCCCGCCGCCGCCGCCGCCGAAAUGUCUACAGGCGCACCUGCAGGCCCGAGUGCCGUCUCUGGCAGUAACCGAAGACUUCAGCAGACACAAAAUCAAGUGGAUGAGGUGGUGGGCAUCAUGAGAGUCAACGUGGAUAAGGUGUUGGAAAGAGAUCAGAAGCUCUCGGAGUUGGAUGAUCGUGCGGACGCGCUGCAGGCUGGAGCCUCCCAGUUUGAAACCAGUGCCGCCAAGCUGAAGAGAAAAUACUGGUGGAAGAACUGCAAGAUGUGGGCGAUAGGGAUUGUCGUCCUGGUCAUCAUCAUCGUCAUCAUCAUCGUGUGGAACCUCUCCCCGUGAAGGACCAGCGUCUCCAGCCUGCUUCUCCAGAACCCUCUUCCAGACGUUUGACUUAGAACCUGCUGUCCUCUCGAGCUCGCCUCCUGUUCUGUCUAAAGUGAUUAUUUUCUGUUUGUUACUGUCAAGUUUAAUUUCUAGGAAACGUGCCUUUGUUGUCGUAAGCACUCCAGACUUGAAGUGCGGCCGCCCGGCCCACACUUGGCCCGGCGCCUUCAGACUGCCCUGUGGCUGAGGAAGCGGACUCCUUAACCCUCUGGAACCGGCGUGGUAACUAGAAGUCCCGCCGAGUGGUUAGUUGCCAUUAAUUCCAGUGAAGGGGGUGUGUUCCAAAGUCAGCUCUCCCUGUCACACGGCAUAUUAAGAACCACGUUUUAAACGUUUAGGUAAUCCGAAUUCCAGUUUGUGCCUUCCAGAAAGAACACUACUGCCUGACGCAAACCAUACCAGGUUGUGCCUUAUUUUGCUAUUUUUCUGAUCCCCUAUAAGAGAACGCUGCACUGUUUGUAAGCACUACUGACUCUCACGCUGUAUUUAAAAGUAAGAUUCUGAUAAAAAGGUUUUGCUCUUACUGUAGGUAGGAAGAUGUUUGCUUUCCUGUUACUGUUUUAUAUCACUUGCUAAAAACAUUAUUUUCAUCAGAAAUAAUCGCCUCCUUAAAACAUUUUUAUAGAGCUAAGGCCGUGACCAAAGUUUCUAUUUUGCCAAAAAGUGAAAUGCCAGUACAACGUCCUUAAGUCUGUUCCCGACAGAGACAUUCAAAAAAGUGACAAAUGGAACUUCAGGUGCCCUUCAGAAUUAAAAGUACAAUAUAAUACGUGAACUUCUACAUCCUAACAGGCCUUUCUUGCCUUUGAGAUGCUGUAUGUGGUGCAUUUCUGAUGGAGUAUUUCUCCCGGGACUUAGAGGAGGUUUAAGCUAGACCCCGACCACCUCCUACGUUGACACUGAGCUUCACCCCGCAGUUUGCAGAUCAUCGGCUGUGGGCUCCAGUAGGUUUCCAGUAAUUAUGUGAGCGACCAUUUUGUAGCCUUCAUGUGAGACCCAUCCGUGAGCUGGUCAUUUAGUGGCCCCGUCCCCAUAGACGAUAGCUUUUUGGAGUGUGUUUCUUAUUUUUAUCCAUAUUCCACUUCCUAAGUCUGUCUUCUCCAUGAUGCUUUCAGUGAGGCAGUGGUCAGGGGUGGAUGACUCUUCUCACAGAGAACAGCCAGCCAGACACGCUUUUCUGUUGUCGCUGUCAUAGUCUGUCUGCACAAGACGCUGCUUUGGAAAUAGCUUUGUCACCCGAGAGACCUGUUGUGUACGUGAGACUUUCACCAUCAGGGUGUGUGGCUUAAGGAUGGGCAUUUAGGUGGGAAUGACAACAGGCAAGGAGGCGCUGAGGGGGAAAUUCGGAGGUUAUCACCACCCUGGCCCAUGGUUACCAUGGUUACCAGAGGAUUCUAAAAUUCCCGUUCGCAUGCGAGCGCGUGACUUACAAAGCAACAACAGAUGAGCUGCAGUGGCAGCACGGGCCCCACUGCUUGAACAUCUGGUCCCCUGACAUCACGGAAACGACGCGGUGACGCGGUGUUGAAGCCACACCCCGCAGGAUGCCUGUGCAAAGGGAGCCGCCGUCAGUGUCGGGACACUAGCUCGCCCUCGGCUCAGGGUCCCUGGCCGGUCUGACUCUGAAACCUUGGUGCUCACUCCUUGCCUGAGGCCCAGCCCCACGUAACCCGCCGGCUCGCGCGUUAACCCAGGGGCACCUCGCUUGUGUCUGUGCAUCUGGCUGGGAACUUGCCCCCUAUAAGGAACUGAAUAAACUGUUUAUAAACUUG